AGUAAAUAACUUUUUGUAACACCUAUAUGAGUUUAAAAGUUAACAUUCCUUUAUAAUUUGUGUUUGGUAUUUGUUAUACAUUUAAGAAACUAUGUCUAGUCAAUUGACAUCAAAAUUAUUCCAUUUGUUGAAACCAACAACUUGCACAAUUUGUUCAAAACGAUGUAGUGGUGUUAAAGUUAAGACAAAUGAUUCAGAUCCUUUUAGUAAGAUGCAUUUUUAAUUUUCAAGUCUACUACUAAUUUAGUUUACAUAAUUUUAAAUAUUUGUGUUUAAAAAAGUGGUUCCAUAUAGUGAUUCGCCUAAAGAUCAACAGCGAUUAUAUGUAUGGGGCAUGGCCGAACACGGUGCACUAGGUGAUUUAAAAAUUAGAUCUCGAGAUCGUCAGAUACAUUAUAUAUAUAGACCAGUGAGGUUAAGAUUUUCAUAUUCUCAUAAAGUAUAAACAUUCAUAUUUUUAUUGUAAUUUCUAAAUUUAUAUAAAAAUUAAUUUUUUUAGAUCAAGGAUCUGGCAUGUGGUUACGGAUUUACAGUUUAUGCUGUUGAUAGUAAUAAAUACAAACUCUUUGGCUGUGGUUUAAAUACAGAUUCUCAAAUAGGUAAAGUGUAACAUAUUAAUGACAAUAUUAUUUGUAUAGGUAUUUUAUAUUUUAUAUGAAUUUCAGUAUAUUAAAUAUAUCUACCAAAAUAUUGUUAAAUUUUGUAUUACAAAUGUUAAUUUCAUAUUAAGUUUUUAAUUUAAUUGAUUGUUUUUAAUUUGAUGAAAAUAAACUAAACAUUUUUUAGUACAGUUUAACGGUUUAAUUAAUUAGUAUACUAAACUAUUAAAAUGCUUUUAAUCAUAGUAUCGGCUUAACAAAAAUGUUAGUUUAUGUUUAAUUCAUAUUUAUAUUUAUAUUUAAGUAUAACCUGGAUUAAUAUUAGGCUAUUUAAUUUUACUUUUUUAUUUAGGUUACCACGAUCCACGGAAAGGGCAUCCUUUGGGACUUAUACUAGCUACUGUACCAAUUAAUCUUCCUUUUAAACAAUCAAAUAUUAAAAUUAAAGCAGUGGCUGCAGGUCGAGCUCAUACACUUGUAUUAACAAACUCAGAUGGCGUGUAUGCUUUAGGUAAUAAUUCAUAUGGACAAUGUGGAAGACAAAUUGUUGAAAAUGAAGAUUACAGUAAAUUAAGAAAUGUAAAUAACAUUACAUUAGAUGGUAAUAUUUCAAAAAUAGUUUGUGGUCAAGAUCAUAGGUAAACUGUUGACUUUUUAUUGUUAUUAUUUUGUUACUUGUCAGAUUGUAAAAUUAAUUAAUUGUUUAGUUUAUUCAUAACUAAGACUGGUGAAGUAUAUUCAUGUGGAUGGGGUGCUGAUGGUCAAACAGGAUUAGGUCAUUAUAAUAAUGAAUCACAGCCCACUAUUGUUGAAGGAGAUAUAAAAGGAGAAAAUAUUGUUAAAGUAGUGUCUUCAGCUGACUGUGUUUUAGCCUUAAAUGGUAAGUCAUUUAUCAAUUGAUAUUAUUUUUUAAAAUUAUUUUAGAAUAUGAAUGUGAUUGUAUAGAAAGUGGGAAUUAAAUGAUUAUAAUUUGUAUUCAAUUCUUAGGUAUAUUUUUCAAAUUGAUUAAGAUAAAAUUGUUAGCGGUAAUUUUUAUUUGAUAAACACUGUGUUUAAAAUUGUUAGAAUAAACAGAAAUUCUUGAAAAUUUAACAGUAUUUUCAUUAUUGUUUGUACUUAGUAGUAAAAAUAAAAAUGAGCAUUUUUUGUUAUAAGAGAUUUAAAAUCAAAUUUUGAUGACAAUCAUAAAUAUUACAACCUUUCAAAACAUGUAUAACCUAACUUUGAUUUAAAUCAUUUUUAUAAACAAUGGUUUAUCAUUGGUUACAGACAUAAAUUAAAUAACUAUAUCCCAACUACCUACCUACAAGAGUGGCUGUAUCUGUCACCGGUAGUAGUUUUUUUUAUUUUCCUUAUAGUUUGUAGUUUUCUUGUUACAGUUUUGAUAAAUUUAUUAAAAUCAACUUACGGAGUUUUGCUGAGCAUAUCAUUGGUUAAUGGUAUACCAAAUUUGGUAGAGUAAACAAUAUCAGAAUUAUGACACUAAAAUUGUGAAAAUUGGUUUAUCCAUUUUUAUAAUUGAAAAUUAAUCAUCUAAUAGCUAUAUUUAUAACGUGUUUAUGUGAAUAUUAAGUAUUUAUUAAUAAUUUAAAGGUUUUAAAAACUGUAUUUUGACUGUACCGCCAAAUAACUAAUGAUAUCACUUAUAACACAAUGCGCGAAACACAUUCGCAUUGCUUCUGCAAACCAAUUAUAGUUGUACUGAUAUUAACUUUAAAUUGCUUUUAAUUAAUUUUGAAUAAAUUACUAAUUAGUAUUAUUCAAUCAUUAAAAUUUAUUUUAAAAAUAUCUUCACAGUAUGUUUGCAAAAAAAUUAUUGUUUUCAUUUAAAUUUUUUAUGUUUACCAACAAAAGAUUCCCAAGCCAAAAAAAAAAAAAAAAAAUAUAUACGAAUAAUAAUAGUAUACUAUUAUUAUUCGUAUAUAUUUAUCCAUUUUGAAUAUUUAUAUGGUAAAUGGCUGUAAUAUAAAUUUUGAAUCACAUUGUGUACAUUAAAUAUCCAAAUUGGGUGAAAAGGGAUGAAACCAACAAAUCUUACCACGGAUUAUUCAUUGUGAAAAUUAUACAAUCAGAAGUUGUAUGAGGUAUUUCUUGGUAUUUUAACAUUAUUCCUAAUAGCCAUAUAAUUUGAAACUACUUUUCUAUUCAAUUUAAGACUUUUAGAUGUUUUUUAAUUUUGAAACUAUUUUAUUCAGAGUAAUUAUUUUUAGACAAAGGUGAAGUUUUUGGCUGGGGUAAUUCAGAAUAUGGGCAAUUGUUAUUGGACAAUGACAAAUAUCAAAUUAAUAUUCCAAAAAAAAUACCUUUGAAUAAAUCUAUAGGUAAAAUCAUUGAUAUUGGAGCUUCAGGAUCAUCUUGUAUAGCAUUGAAUGGUAAGAAAACACAAUUAUAAUAUUUCUUAGCACAUAUAUUUAAUUUUUUAAUAUUAUGCAAUGCAGAUGAAGGUAUUGUUUUUGUAUGGGGUUUUGGUAUUCUGGGUAAAGGCCCCGAAAUUAACCAAAGCCAACAACCUACUCCAAUACCACCAAUUUUAUUUGGUCAAAAUCAAUAUAACCCUGAAACUAGAGUCAAAUCAGUGUACAGUAGUUUAUUUCAUAUGGCAGCAAUAACAACUGAAGGAAAUCUAUAUACAUGGGGUAAAAAUAAAUGGGGCCAAUUAGGUCUCGGACAUCUUAAAGACCAAUAUUUUCCUUUACAAGUAAAUUAUAUAUUUUAAACUUAAUUCAACUGUAUAUGUUAAGUAAUUUUAAAAUUGUAUUUAGGUGUCAGUCGGAGCUGUUGUUAAACGUGUGAGUUGUGGAGUUGAUCAUAUGUCAGCACUAUGUGUACCUUACCAAUAAAACAAUAUAAUACAUUUUUUAUUUAUACAAAUUAAUUUAUGUACAAAAAAUUGUAUUAUUUAGUCUGUAUAUGAAAGUAUACAAAGACUUGCAGUGAUUUUUCUGUGUAGUCACCUUGAAUUAAAUGAUACUUUAA